AUGGCCCACUCAAAACGGAACACCUCCCUCCCCCACUUCACCUCCUACGAACGCUCCCUCCUACGCUCAACCUGGGGCACAAAACGCAGCCUAAUCAGCCGCGACUCUUUCCUCCCUUUCGCCUCCUGCCGCCUCUGCCUGCAACCCGCGCGCGCGCCCGUCGUCGCCUGUGCCACGAACGGCGACCUGUUCUGCCGCGAGUGCGCAAUAAACGACCUCCUCGCGCAACGGCAGGAGAUUAAGCGGUUGGAGAAAGAGCGGGAGGAGGCACGGAAAAGGAUUGCGGAGGAUGAGGAGAGGAUGUUGGAUGAGGCGCGGAGGAGGGAUUUGAGGGAUUUUGAACUUGGGGAGAUGGGGCUCCAGGGGGGAGGAAGAGGAAGGCUAGCGGUUGAGGUUGAUGGGGCGCGGAGGAGGGUUUUUGAGGUUGGGGGGAAGGAGAUGGUGCGUGUUGCGAGGGAGGAGGAGGAGAGGUUGAAGAGGGAGGUGAAGAAUGAGAAGGGCUCGAGUAAAUCAGCACUCGCAUCAUUCUGGGUCCCUUCCUUGACGCCGUCGACGGACCACGAUGAAAUCACCGCUAACAAGGCCGUUAAACUAACGCCCAUGUGUCCCGGUUCGAACGAGACGCAUAAACAUAGCUACUCGCUCAAGUCGCUGGUCGAUGUACAUUUCACGGAAGAAAAGGCCACGGAUGGGACGGUGUCGCGCGUGUGUCCCAGUUGCAAGAAGAACCUCAGCAAUGGGUUGAAAGCUAUGCUGACGAAACCUUGUGGGCAUGUGAUCUGCUCGCCAUGUGUUACAAAGUUUAUGACUCCACACGAUGUUCCGGAUCCGCAUGCUUCGAAGGAGGAGCAGGCGAAGACUGCGGCGCUUCAUGGGUUGGUAUUGUGCUAUGUCUGUGAGACGGAUAUCACUCCUAAUAGGAGUAAUGGAGAUGCGGCGAGUGCGAAGAAGAAGUCCAAAAAGAAGGAGAAGGAGGUUGUUCAGCCUGGGCUGGUGGAGAUUAGCUCGGAAGGCACGGGGUUUGCUGGCGGUGGAGGCAAUGUGGCUACCAAGGCUGGCGUGGCAUUCCAAUGCUGA